UCUCCCUCUAUCUCUACCCAAUUCUACAAUGUUUAAUUUUUAGCUCUGCCUGUAUUUUAGCUCCUUCUAAACUGGACGUUAUUAGACUUCAUAGCUUAAUAUGCACUUAACUUUAAAAGAGUUAAUAGCUCUUUUAAUAAUCUUUUAAAGACAUUGUAGAAGUGUAUCUAGACUUAGCUGGAUUUUCAGUCUUUGGAGAAGUUGCAUCAUAUGAACAUCUGGCUCUUGCAGAUGUUUGAAGCUCAGAUACAUCACUUUGAAACCAGACGAGCCAAGAAGCCCAAGAACUCUGCUGUUGAUCUUGAUAUUUUUGUUCAAUGUGAAGUUCACAGUGCUGAUGUUAGUACCUUUAUCUCUUCCUUAAAGAGAGUAGCAGAGGAUGUGAGAACUAGCAGAGAAGACAAAGUGCCCUGGUUCCCUAGAAAAAUCCAAGAUCUGGACAAAUGUCACGAUCUGAUCACUAAGUAUGACCCCAGUUUGGACCAUCGUCACCCUGGAUACGCUGACCUGGAGUAUAAGAAACGGAGGGCAUUCUUUGCUGACCUUGCCUUUAAUUACAGAUCAGGUGACCCUCUGCCUCGCAUUGAAUACACAGCACAGGAGACUGCAACUUGGAGGGAAGUCUACAGGAAGCUGAGCAGCCUUUACCCUACUCAUGCCUGUACGCAGUACCUGGAUGCUUUCCAGCAGCUGGAGAAAUACUGUGGCUACCAAGAGAAUAACAUACCUCAACUUCAGGAAGUUUCCAGAUUUUUAAAAGAGAGAACAGGUUUCCAGCUGAGACCAGCUGCAGGGCUGCUGUCUGCUCGUGACUUCCUUGCCAGCCUGGCAUUUCGUGUCUUCCAAAGCACGCAGUAUAUAAGGCAUUUCUCUUCUCCUAUGCAUUCCCCAGAACCAGACUGCUGCCAUGAGUUACUGGGUCAUGUUCCCAUGCUAGCUGACAAGGAGUUUGCCCAGUUCUCGCAGGAUAUUGGACUGGCUUCUCUUGGAUCAUCUGAAGCGGAGAUUGAGAAACUGGCCACACUUUACUGGUUCACUGUGGAGUUUGGUCUCUGCAAGCAAAAUGGAUCGAUCAAAGCUUAUGGGGCAGGACUGCUUUCGUCAUAUGGGGAGCUUAUGUAUGCUUUAUCCAACAAGCCAGAGUACAAGCCUUUUGAUCCAGAAGCGACUGCAGUUCACCCCUAUCAGGAUCAAGCCUUUCAACCUCUCUAUUUCAUAGCAGAAAGUCUGGAAGAUGCCAAGGCCAAGCUUCAAAACUAUGCAAUGAAGAUCAAGAAGCCUUUUUCUCUGCACUACAACCCGUUCACCAGCAGCAUAGAGGUUAUGAACACACCUCAGAAAGUCAAGAAGACACUCUGUCAGAUGAAAGAGGAACUGAAAAACCUCUGCUUGGCCCUUGAAAACCUCUCUUAAAUCGACAGCAGUGCAUCUCAUCUGGCACUGAGAUACUUGUAGAGGGUUCCAGCACUUGAAGAUUUAGAGAAGAAGUUGUAGUUGCAUAUGAAAAUCUUUAAGCCGCAAAACAGCUCUGUUAAGCUAAUCUUUUCACUGUAAUUCAGGCUGCUGACUUAGCCACAGUAAUAAGUUCCUAAUGAGUAUAUUUCAAUGACAAGCAAGACCAAAGUACUCCAAUUUUUGGUAGGUGAUAUGAGCUACAGCUGUUUGGAGUGUGUUUAUCUGUUAUUAUUGGACCCUUACAGGUUUGUUUUUUUAUUCACCUGCCACCUUUUCAAGUUAUCUGUCACAGAACAGCACAGUAAUUCUUCAGCUACACAGUCUUUUACUUGCUGCUUUACUGACAUGAUCACAGUCUUUUAGGUUGGCUAGUUGCCUACUGUUAGCAGUCCUUGCAGUUAGCUCAUUUCUGUUAGCAAUUACUAUAAGCUAUUGUGCUCACAAACUAUGAAUGGUUCCCUUACAAUGUGCAAAUGCAAGAGCUUGUAAAAAGAACCCUUCACUUCCACUCACUAUUUAUUUUUUAGACACUCAUUUCAUUCAGCAGCCUUCAAAUAUGUCAAAAUAAUUUCCUGUCAUAUUUGACAUCUCAGAAUGUUUGUCCCUUGGCUAAAAAAAAAAAAAAAA